AUGGGUUCCCUCGAUAAUAUGCCACCGACACAAGAUGAAUUUGCGUCUUAUCAGGAUUAUUCAAUCCCUGAUACCCCCAUGGGCACCGCCCGACACCUGAAGAUAAUUUGCAUCGGAGCUGGUGCGUCUGGUCUCAAUUUAGCCUUCCAGAUCCGUAAGAACAUGCGCAAUGUCGACUUUGUUAUCUAUGAAAAGAACAAAGACGUUGGUGGGACGUGGUAUGAGAAUCGAUAUCCUGGGUGCGCCUGCGAUAUUCCAGCACACAACUACCAGUUCUCGUGGGCUGCAAAUCCCACCUGGAAUGAAUUCUACGCUAAGUCGUCAGAAAUUCUUGAAUACUUGAAAGCCACGUCGUACAAAUACGACCUUCGACGGUGCAUCCGGUUUCAAAACCGAGUUUUGGAUUGUACUUGGGAUGAGGAAAGUGGCACGUGGAAUCUCCAUAUCCAGAAUGAAAUUUCUGGGAAAGUUAUCUCAGAAUCAUGCCACUUUCUGUUCAACGGCGGAGGAUAUCUAAACCACUGGAAAUGGCCCAGUAUCGCAGGUCUUGAUACCUUUCAAGGUGAUCUUGUGCACACAGCGAACUGGACAGAAGGUAUUGAUCUUCGAGGCAAAAAAGUCGGUGUCAUUGGCAAUGGCUCUUCUGGAAUGCAGGUUCUUCCUGCUAUUCACCCAGAUGUUGAAUGUCUUGUUUCGUUCUCAAGAAGCCCAACCUGGGUGACACCGACAUUUGCGAGCGAAUUUGCUGGCCCUAACGGAGCGAAUUUCGAGUACAGCGAAGAACAGAAACGGGAAUUCUCAGAGGAUCCAAAGAGGUUUCUGGAGUAUCGAAAAGCGCUCGAAAGGACGAUGACCGGAAAUUUCAGACUCAAUCUUAAAGAGUCGGAAAUGCAGAAGGAAGCGCAACAAAAUCUUAAAGAUUACAUGAGAGGGGUGUUGAAGGAAGAUAGGCUGAUCAAAUCUUUAAUUCCAGAAUUUGGUGUCGGCUGCAGGCGACCUACACCAGGGCUGGGAUAUCUUGAGACAUUGACGAAGCCUAAUGUUCGAUUGGUCACAGAUGGGAUUUCGAAGAUAGUCCCCCAGGGAAUCAGGCUUGAGACAGGAGAAAUCAUCGAGCUAGAUAUUAUAGUCUGUGCGACUGGUUUUGAUUAUUCCUGGAUCCCACGGUUUUCCGUGACAGGACGCAAUAACGUGACCCUGCGUUCGCUGUGGAAGGACCGUCCUACAGCUUACUUUGGACUUGCCGUCCCUGAAAUCCCUAAUUACUUUGUUUUUCUUGGACCUAGUUCGGCGCUUUCGCACGGCUCCGCCCUACCCACAAUAGAGGCGGUCACAAAGUACAUGCUCCGUAUCGUCUGGAAGGCACAGACCGAGAGCUACAAAGCUGUUGUGCCUUCAACGGAGGCAGUAAAUGAUUUCAUUUAUCAUAAUGACACAUUCCACCAGAGAACUAUCUGGGGAACAAAGUGUCGAUCGUGGCUGAAGGGUGGCAAAGAAGAUGGCAAGGUCUUGACUCACCCAGGGAGCCGUAUUCAGAAUAUCCACUGUCUUCUCAAUCCACGCUACGAAGAUUGGACCUGGACUCCACUUGCUAAGAAUCGCUUUGCCUUUAUGGGAAAUGGCAUGACAAUCCUUGAAGAGGAUGGAAGAGAUAUGACGUGGUAUAUGAAUGAUUCAACUAACGGUUAUGAAGGGAUUUUCUAUUAG